AUGUCGGCGGUGGAGACGACGACGAACACCGGGCUCCCGAUUCGGAUGCCGAACGACGCGCGCGGCGCGACGCACGCGAUCGAUCCGCUGAGCGACGUGCACACGGCGGUGAAAUCGGCGACGGGGACGAAGAUCAUCGCGCUGAUCGACGUGAGCUCGAGGUUCGCGCUGCCGAUCGCGCAAGCGGCGAAAGAGCUGGAUGUGUGCGUGACGGUGCUCAAGUCAACGUGUCGCGCGUUCGGCAUCAUGCGAUGGCCGUAUCGAAAGAUGCGAAAACUGAACACUAUGAUUAAGCAGCUCGAGCGGUCGGCGAGAAACGCCGCCGAGGAAAACAUAUUACAUCAUAGAAUGAAGCGACUUGAAGCGUGUCGACGUGCGAGAGAUUUGUUGGUGCUAGAAGCAGAGGCGAACGCACGGGCGCGAAUCGGAAAACCCGCCUCGCAGCAGUCCGCCAAGGCGGAGAUAGCGUCGACGGGCGCGCGCUACGAUUCCAGCGGGCGACUGGGCAACUUUAAGGAUCCUGGAUACGCUUUCGAUACCGACCACAAGGGUUAUGCGCUGCAUGAGGCGAUGCGGAAGAUGAUGGAGACUGAGGGGUUAGAUACGAUCGGUCGUUCUGGUCACGUGGAUGUCGAAUCUGACCCACUGAGCGAACUCGCCUCGCAGGUUACCGCCGUGCAAGAGCGUUUCGUGCGACGGCCAAAUCGCAACAAAAGACAGCUACCAACCAGAUGCCCGGAAGAGAUGGCACUACAUGAAUUCGUCAUGGGCAAUCCGGGACUCGAGGCAAUGGCUUCGUUGACCGCGCGAUUGCGCCGGCAAAAGGAAUCGAAGAAACAGACGUCUGAGCACGCCGACGACGCGGACGGCGAAGUCGACAUCGAUGGGGACGACGGGAAGCAAAUUGCGUGGAUCGUAAGCUCUCAAAGUCCAGCCUAUACCGUCAAUGUCCGUCCAAGUAACCCAACGGCGCGAAUUCCAGACGUCUUGGUAGAGGAACGCUCUCGGCGAGAAGCCACCUCUCCGCUCGAGCCCAGUCUAGCUCUGUUCCCGUUAAAUGUGUCAGCAAUCCACAGUGCGGCUUGA